AUGACAGCAAAGGGGUACUAUGGGGGAUUCGCAACGGCGGCUUUUAAGGCGGGAGCAGCGAGAGGGCAGUUCAAGAAAGACCCCCUCCCACCAGCACCUGCGGGGAAAGAGGGAGACAAGAAUGAGACACUCGUCCUAGUUGGUAAUAACUCUUUUGCUCUUCCACAGUUUCUGCAGCACUAUAUUCGAGGGUGGUGGGGACUAAACUUGGGGACGAGAAUGUUCACUCCAAGUCUGCUGGUGACAUGUACGGUGCAGGCUGCGUUACUAUCGCUGCCUUCCUGUAAGCCUCUCCUCCAUUCCCUCCUCCCCUCUCUUCCCCUCUCGCACUCUCACUGUUCCCACUUUGCUUCCCUCUCUCUCUCUCUCUCUCUCUCUCUCUCUCUCUCUCUCUCUCUCUCUCUCUCUCUCUCUCUCUCUCUCUCUCUCUCUUACCCUCUGCUCCCUUCUCCCCUCCAUUCUGCCUUCACCCUCACACAUUUCCCUCCCUUCUCCUUCAAUAUCUCACACGCCCCUCCUUUCUCCCCUCACUCUGACAUUCUCCCCUCCUUUUCUCACCCUGCUCCCUCACCCUCCCUUCCCUUAUCCCCUCACUUCCCCCUUCUCUCGCUUACAAUCCCUCUGGUCUCCCCCCAUCCUCUCAUACUCCUGACCCUCCUCCUCCCCUCCCCUCUUCGGCCCACUCUCUCACCCUUUCCUCCUUCCCUCGUUCUCACACCCUCCUCCUCCCCUAAUUCUCUCCCCAUCUCAUCCUCCUCGCACCCAUUCCUUCUUCCCCGCUCUUCUCACCCUUCCCCUUUCCCAUUUGGAUUCGCAACCUGUCUCCCUCCAUACGCGCCUACCCGUCCUCCCCCCACUGUCCCCCUCCUUGCCCGUCCUUGUCUCCCCUUCCCCCUCAUUGCCAACCAACCACCCCUCUCAGCAACACCACCACUAACGACUAUUACAUUCGCUACCGCAUUGGCGUGA